AUUGUCAUAUCUGAGCAGAGGCGUUUUUAUUUUGGCAAAAUAAUAGGAAUUUCCAUAGAGGUUGGGCCCUUAUUAGAUUGCUCGAAACAUUCCCCCCCACUAGACAUGCUUUCCAUUGGCACCUUGGCCAACAUCAAGCACAUCUUGCAAAAGGAACUGUUCCUGGCAAGCGGCGAGCGACUUCUCUCCGUGGUCACAGUCGUCAAAAAGAAGGAUAAGCGGGCCUGCUAUCUCUGUGUGGUGACGACAGCUCCACCCGUUGCCGUGGUCACUUUGGUUUUGGUCAAACAGUCGGAGCGUGAGCGGGAAAAUGAAUACAAGAGGAAACGGAGUUGGCAAUUGGAUGAGAUCAAGUGGAUCGAUGGGCGUACCGAGCAAUUCGAAACCCACGAGUUCGACAUACAAUUGGAGAAGCUAUACAAAUGGUAUGCCCUCAAUCUGCACGAGAGACAAAAUUUUCUGGCUGUCCUCAAUAGGCAAAUCCAGAAAUAUGUACGCGUCGGCCAGCGUGCCGAGUUUCGGAAUGUGCCCAUUGCCUGGUUGUCGGAGAAAUCGCCCGAGAAGAUUGCCAUAGGCGGCAGCAGCAGCAGGAAUACGGCCAAAAAUCAAAAGACCAAUCAGCAUUCCGAUGGUGAUGAUGACGAUGAUGAGGAGGAAGAGGCCCAAGAGUUCACAGCAUUGACUGACAAGGAGGCAAAUGAGUUGGGUAAACUAUUCUCUGAAUGUGAUUUUGCUAUCAAAGAUGCAGAACAAUUCAUAGAACAAUUGUCCAAAGAACUGCAUGACCUAGAUGGGGCCAAUAUACAAAGUGUAUUGGCUUCAGAGCAAAAGGUAUUGAAAAUGAUGGAACAUAUAGAUAAGGCCAUAUCGGAGGCAGAUGGGUUCGAAACUCGCCUGGACUCGUAUGAGGAUAUAUUAGGGCAUGUUAAAGAGACAAUGGAGAAAAUAGGCGGCAAGAAUGCCAUGAUUGAGAUAGCCAACAAUAAUAAUAUCAAACUGAUGAAGGAGCUCAAUAAAGUUAUUAGCCAAUUGGACUUGCCGCAGAGCCAGCAACAGGCUUUAGAUGACCCAGACCUCAAGACAGUGGCCGGUAGAAAGGCUGCAAUAGCUGCUGCCCAAUGCCUGCAGCAGGCGAUGAAUAGUGAUAUAGAUCCGGCCCUGUUGCGUCUGGAGGCCGUGCAGGAUCGGAGGAAACGUUUCGAGAAAUGGAAACAGAAAUUCUCGGCAACGGUUAGUCGCUUUAUGAAUAAUCUCUUUAUCCAUUUGGGUAACGAGAUUGGCGACAUGCCAUUAACAAGUACUGAACUAACGCUGCCCAAUCACUCCAAUGUGCAUCGGGAGCUGACCCCAUAUACGGAGCUAAUGCACUGGUGCAAGGCCAUGGAUCGCAAAACGUAUGAUGGACUGAUGAAGGUCUAUACGACAUCGUUGAGCAAGAUCUAUGACAGGGAUGUGAGAAACUUUUUCAAUCUGGCAAAGCUUCAGGUGUCGGAAAAGCUACGUAAUUCACGCGAAGAUCUCGACAUGUCUACAUCAUCUCGGAAAUCCACUUUAUCCUCUACCCAAUAUGGCACUCUGGGUGUACAUCGGGAUCAAUGGGGUCCUGGAGUGGAAGCUGCCGAUCGAAUACGAUUCGAUGCUCUGCUAGAGAAAGUCCUGGCCGAAUUGGAACCCAUUGCCCUGCAGGAGCAGCUCUUUUGCAUCAAUUUCUUUCAAAUGGAUGUGAUAAGUCCCACAACAAAGAACACACAAACCACACUGGAAAUGGAGAAGUCAGUCCCAGACAUGAUGUCCCAGUCGCUGAUAGUGGGAUCGUCAUCGUCCUCGGCGUCUGCUGCUGCUGCUGCUGCGGCAUCUUCACCAUCACCCACUGUAGAUGGAGUGCCGCCCCAGGAUAAAAUCGAUCGUCAGAUCAAUGAGGAUGUUAGAAAUCUAAUGAUUGGUCUUUUUGGCUGCCUAGAACCAGAGUUGGUUAGCUUUAUACAAAGUUUUGAAAGGGUGGAUAGCUUCUACUCUCUCUAUGUGUUCGUUCGACUGACCCAGCAUGUCAUGUCUGCCCGGGAUACACAUUCCUUUCUAAGUAAGACAUUCGGAUUCGCCUUGGUGCAGGUGAAAAGGAAUUUCGAUCGUUUCAUGACCCAUCAACUGCAGACCAUCAAGGAUUACAAACUGCACAAACGUUCCAAGGCCAUUCUGCCGUAUGUGGAGAAUUUCGAGAUUUUUGCCCAAACGGCUGAGGGCAUUUUCCGUAAAUCGGAUCGACGUACGGACAUGGAUAAAUGGUAUCUUCAAUUGGUCAAUGCCAUCUUUGAGGGCAUCAAUUUCCAUUCGCAGAGUCAUCCGAAAGCGCCCUCGCAAGUGGUCCGCAUGGAGAACUAUCAUCAUAUGUAUGCCCUGUUGGCCCAACUCAAGGUCCCUGGUCUCGAUGCCCUUAAAAAGGAGGCCAAGUCACGUUACAACGAUGCCCUCAAAGCGUAUGUGACCCAGUAUUUCGGGCGGCCCUUGGAAAAGUUAAAUCUCUUUUUCGAGGGUGUGCAACAAAAGGUGGCCCAAGGUGUCAAGGAAACAGAGAUUAGCUAUCAAAUGGCCUUCUCCAAGCAGGAGUUGCGCAAGGUCAUUAGCCAGUAUCCCGCACGGGAGGUGAAAAAGGGCUUGGAGAAUCUCUACAAGAAGGUAGAGAAACAUUUGUCCGAGGAGGAGAACCUAUUGCAGGUCGUCUGGCAUGCCAUGCAAGAGGAGUUCAUUGCCCAGUAUAAUUAUCUUGAGGAGCGCAUACAGAAAUGCUAUGCAGGAGCCAUGAUCAAUUUGGAAUUUAAUAUACAGGAUAUUUUAGCCUUCUUCUCGGACAUAGCGAGAUCACAUUAAGAAACUCAAACACAACUAAACAAAAAAAAAAAUAUUUAUCUUUUAAGUGCAAUAGUAUCUAAAAAAUGCAUGUGUGUGUGUCGAUAAAGAGUAUGAGGUCGAAAAGCUAGUGGAUCAGUGGAUCGAUCACUAAUAAAGGUGUUCUUUUAAAGAAAUAUAUUUGAAAGUAAUAUAAUCAA